UGGCCCCGGCCCCACGGCAGCCCUUGGCCUAACCCCAAGCUCAGGGGCCGCGGCCGUUGGGAGCCUACGCUAGAAUGUCCCGAGACGGAGCCGCACCGUCCCAAACGCCGAAGCUUCAACGUCGCAACAUCAUUCUUGAGCUGCGCCCGAACCCGUCCGAGAUGUUGUCGUUCAUACUCAUACAAAAUCGCCAGGGCAAGACCCGGCUCGCCAAGUGGUAUGCGCCGUACAGCGACGACGAGAAGAUCAAGCUCAAGGGCGAGGUCCACCGCCUCGUAGCGCCCAGAGACCAAAAGUACCAGUCCAACUUCGUCGAGUUCCGCAACAACAAGAUCGUCUACCGGCGGUACGCAGGCCUCUUCUUCUGCGCCUGCGUCGACACCAACGACAACGAGCUCGCCUUCCUCGAGGCCAUCCACUUCUUCGUCGAGGUCCUUGACGCCUUCUUCGGCAACGUCUGCGAGCUGGACCUGGUCUUCAACUUCUACAAGGUCUACGCCAUCCUCGACGAGGUCUUCCUGGCCGGCGAGAUCGAGGAGACGAGCAAGCAGGUCGUUUUGACGAGGUUGGAGCAUCUGGACAAGCUCGAGUAGCUGCAAAGUAUUUGAGUCAAAACAAAUAUGCAAGACCCGAAAACUAAGUGGAGAGGCACUGCGGGACAACCAGCGGCGUACACUAAUCUGGGCUGACUUUUGUACUCGGGCUUUGGGCGAGGCGUACGGAGUUUAUUCGGCUGGGAUGGCAGUGAACCCAUCUGCAGACCAAUCCGAUUCUGCUAUUCAUGGAGAGGAUUAUCAUUGUAUCCCCAUAUGCGUUUUGACAGUAGCAAUGCCCAUUCGCAAUUGGCGCUGACGGAAUGCCCACAUUGAGCGCUACUACUCGCGGACGGCGUUGUGCUCGCAGUUGGAAACCCUAGCUUGGUCUACUAAUAAGUAUUCGAAUCUACGCCUUGGGGAUGUUGGUGUAUCUAUUUUCCCCUUAGCCGACUCUCGCCGCCCUUAUCACCUGUCCCCUCAGAGCAUCUCAUUGAGAAGAACGUAUGUGAUAUGUGCCUGUAGCGUAAUACUGGACAGAGACUAGGCCAAGAGGAAAAGAGAUGCACCCACAUCCUAUUGGGGUUCCAACUCAGAGCGAGCUGCACUUGAACCGGGCUCCAACAAAA